AUGUGGUUCUACUAUGCGGGAUACCUGACGCUUAUACUCUCUACCGUAACCGUUAUCCUUCAGUUAGCAUACAUGCCGUUGAUUGUGAAACGAGUCGAAAACUCUCGUGAUUCUGUUCGACAGAGUUUACAGGGUUUUAAAGCUUUGAUGGAAGACAUUGCCGUAAUCGUGGACUCAACUGACCGACAGAGGCGAUCAGGAGCAAUUAUUUGCGCAGCUGGCAAACCUGGCCUUCCUGGCGCACCUGGUAAAGACGGGAGACCAGGUAGUGACGGACCACCCGGUAUACGGGGAAAGGACGCCAGAGACAUCCUUGCAGAACAGGAAGAGAAGUGUGUAAUCUGCCCAACGGGGGAAAUGGGUCCGAUGGGACCACCAGGUGACAGAGGAGAGCCAGGCGAGAAAGGACAAAGGGGACCACCCGGUAUUCCAUCUACGGACGGCAUCGACGGUCAAAUUGGUAUGGAAGGUGAUGUAGGUCCACCUGGUUAUCCUGGAAAACCGGGUGCACCUGGUCCAAGUGGACGGUCAGCAGAAGGAGGUGUUGGUCAGCCAGGUCCAAAAGGUGCAGAUGGUCCGGUUGGACGGGCUGGAGCACAAGGACCACGCGGAAAGCGAAAUUAUAUCUAUGGACCUCCAGGACCAGUUGGGCAACCGGGUUCAAGCGGGUUGGACGGGAUGAACGGAAACGUAGGCGAAAGAGGAAUGAAAGGACCACCUGGAGAAAAGGGAGCAGAUGCGAAAUUUUGCCCAUGUCCACUAGAACUACAAAUUCUCAGCGAGCAAAAGAAAAAGUCUCUCGGACAAAUCCAAAAACCAUCUACGAAUUCCGAAUCGCUGAGAAUGAACCAAAUACGCAACAUCAUGCUCGAAGUCUCACACAACGAGAGGAAUUCUCCACUGCACACAUUUGAACGACCGUCGUCGUCGUUCCAACUUCCACAGUAUAGUCGAGGCGACACACUGUUAAGAUCGUCACCGCCCGCCCAGUCCGAGAUUGGACCACCAGGACAGAAAAGAGAGCAAACUGCCAAUGAACCAGCUGCGGUAGAUGAUGCAACAGUAGCACUGAAGAAGUAUUCGACACCACAAGCACGGGCAACACCUCACAUCGUGAAAACUGCACCACGAUCCACUACAGAAAGUCGUGAAACUUCUGAAAUACCUGAAGGAAUGGUAGGUUUUCUUAUUGACUAA